CCUGGCUGGACGGGGAUAGAGCUACCUUUGUUCCUGUGGGCUGGGACGUGAAGGCUGCUGAAACGGAGAGCCUCCUCCCUCAGGCCGGGCUCGUGCGGGUUCCCAUCGGCUCGUACUUAGAUUUGUGACAGAUUUGCCACAGUGAUUUCAUGGGGUGUUAUCUACGGUUUCCUAUUUGCUCUUAAUGGUGGAAUCAUGUGCUCGACUGUCAUAAGUUUUAGAUCGGGUUUUGCUACGUCCUAAAAAAAAUAGCCACUAAAGUUCCGAAAUGUUGAAUGUUUAAUAUGGAUUGAGAAUUCCCCCGGCUCACCCUGGGAAGGCCACUCAUACGCUGUGGGGGUGGGGAUGGGCCGGCGCUCUCGGAUUUCUAUUUGGAGCAGUUUAGUGGUGACUUGUGUAUGUGUGUGUGUGUGUGUGUGUGUGUGUGUGUGUGUAACGGUUUGCGGGGCUGGCAGCCAGAAAGUGGAUUCGCUCGUGCCAGUUUUCAUCAGCAGGGAGGAGCUGCUGCUGACCGUGACAUCACACAAAAAGGAUAUGAAAAGAAGAGAUCGAAAUUGAUUGGCGCCUAUCUGCCCCAGCCUCCGAGGGUGGAUCAGGCUUUGCCUCCAGAGCGCCGGGCUCCUGUCACUCCUGCCUCUUCCUCUCGCUAUCACCGCCGACGGUCCUCAGGGUCACGAGAUGAGCGCUACCGGUCGGAUGUCCACACAGAAGCUGUUCAGGCUGCGCUUGCUAAACACAAAGAGAGGAAGAUGGCAGUGCCUAUGCCUUCCAAACGCAGGUCCUUGGUGGUGCAGACCUCGAUGGAUGCCUACACACCCCCAGACACCUCCUCCGGCUCGGAAGACGAAGGCUCAGUGCAGGGUGACUCCCAGGGCACCCCCACCUCCAGCCAGGGCAGCAUCAACAUGGAGCACUGGAUCAGCCAGGCCAUCCACGGCUCCACCACCUCCACCACCUCGUCGUCCUCCACCCAGAGCGGGGGCAGCGGCGCCGCCCACAGGCUGGCUGACGUCAUGGCCCAGACGCACAUAGAAAAUCACUCUGCGCCCCCUGACGUAACCACUUACACCUCAGAACACGCGGUACCGGUAGAAAGGCCGCAGGGCUCCACGACAUCCAGGACAGCCCCGAAGUACGGCAACGCUGAGCUCAUGGAGACCGGCGACGGAGUGCCAGUAAGUAGCCGGGUGUCAGCAAAAAUCCAACAGCUUGUCAAUACCCUCAAAAGACCCAAACGACCACCAUUACGGGAAUUCUUUGUUGAUGACUUUGAAGAACUGCUCGAAGUUCAACAGCCAGAUCCAAACCAGCCAAAGCCGGAGGGAGCCCAGAUGUUGGCGAUGCGUGGGGAGCAGCUGGGUGUGGUUACAAACUGGCCCCCAUCCUUAGAAGCUGCGUUACAGCGGUGGGGGACCAUCUCUCCGAAGGCCCCAUGCUUGACCACAAUGGACACGAACGGGAAGCCUCUGUACAUCCUCACUUACGGCAAACUGUGGACAAGAAGUAUGAAGGUUGCUUACAACAUUCUGCACAAAUUAGGUACAAAACAGGAACCUAUGGUGCGACCUGGAGAUAGGGUGGCGCUGGUAUUCCCCAACAACGACCCUGCAGCCUCCAUGGUGGCUUUCUAUGGCUGCCUGCUGGCUGAAGUUGUUCCCGUGCCCAUCGAAGUGCCCCUCACUCGAAAGGACGCGGGCAGCCAGCAGAUCGGGUUCUUGCUGGGAAGCUGUGGGGUGACGGUAGCCUUGACGAGUGACGCCUGCCACAAGGGGCUGCCAAAAAGCCCGACUGGGGAGAUCCCACAGUUCAAAGGUUGGCCAAAGCUCUUAUGGUUUGUCACAGAGUCAAAACAUCUCUCUAAACCUCCUCGAGAUUGGUUCCCGCACAUUAAGGAUGCAAAUAAUGACACUGCAUAUAUCGAGUACAAGACGUGCAAGGACGGAAGCGUGCUCGGGGUGACUGUGACCAGGAUCGCGCUUCUCACCCACUGCCAGGCCCUCACCCAGGCCUGUGGCUACACGGAAGCUGAAACGAUUGUGAAUGUGUUGGAUUUCAAGAAAGACGUUGGGCUCUGGCAUGGAAUCCUAACAUCAGCAAAAGUGGCCUGUGUCAAAUCCAGGGACAUGCACUGGGCAUUGGUGGCGCAUAGAGACCAGAGAGACAUCAACCUCUCCUCUCUCCGGAUGCUGAUCGUGGCCGAUGGCGCAAACCCCUGGUCUAUCUCAUCCUGCGACGCAUUUCUCAAUGUCUUCCAGAGUAAAGGCCUACGCCAGGAAGUCAUCUGUCCCUGUGCCAGCUCACCAGAGGCUCUCACUGUGGCCAUCCGGAGGCCCACAGACGACAGCAACCAGCCCCCGGGCCGAGGCGUCCUCUCCAUGCAUGGCCUGACCUACGGGGUCAUCCGAGUGGACUCGGAAGAGAAGCUGUCUGUACUCACUGUGCAGGACGUCGGCCUCGUGAUGCCUGGAGCCAUCAUGUGUUCGGUGAAGCCGGAUGGGAUUCCUCAGCUGUGCCGGACGGACGAGGUCGGGGAGCUCUGCGUGUGUGCAGUUGCUACAGGCACAUCCUAUUACGGCCUCUCGGGGAUGACCAAGAACACCUUCGAGGUGUUCCCGGUGACGAGCUCGGGGGCCCCGGUCAGCGAGUACCCCUUCGUGAGGACAGGCCUGCUGGGCUUCGUUGGCCCUGGGGGGCUUGUCUUCGCGGUGGGCAAGAUGGACGGGCUGAUGGUGGUCAGCGGGCGCAGACACAACGCCGACGACAUCGUGGCCACCGCGCUGGCCGUGGAGCCCAUGAAGUUCGUCUACCGAGGAAGUUUCCUCUCUGUGACUUUGCAGGCGAUCGACAGCAUACAUCAAGUUGGGGUUUACUGUCUGGCCUUGGUUCCGGCCAACACCCUCCCCAAAACCCCACUCGGGGGGAUCCAUUUGUCCGAAACGAAGCAGCUUUUCCUGGAGGGCUCGCUUCACCCCUGCAACGUCCUGAUGUGCCCCCACACGUGCGUCACCAACCUGCCUAAGCCUCGGCAGAAGCAGCCAGGUAUGUCCAGAGGUCGUGCAGGCCCGGGUCCCCGCCAGCAAGGCCUCAGCCUCCCCUCCGGCCUCCCAUCACACGCUCCCGGGGAACUCAGCUCCCUCCCACGCAGCCCUUCUCCCCAGGGUGCGGUGGGAUGUGGCAUCUCUUCUGGGUGCAGCUGGGGCUCAGACCUCGAUCUCCUGGGUGGCCCUUGGCACAGAACCUCUCAGGGUCACAGCUCCCUCCUCAUCAUCCUGCGCUUCGGGCUGCACGUGGCUGUCAGUGGAGAGGAAUUUAUUGCAAGAACAUGGGUGGUGGGGGAGCAGCCCCUCCGCCAGUGCAGGAACGGGGUCCCGGCCUCCAGCUUGACGUGCCAACCUCAGGCAGGCAGGGCGCCCUCAGGCCAGGGUGCUAGGACAACAGACAAUGCGUACAUGGCACAGAUUUUACAAGGAAACGAGGAAGCUAUGCCACAGCAAGUGUUGAGGUCAGCCCGGCUCUCGGGACAGUCUGGACCUAACGGCUGUGCUCUGUUCCAGUUCCUGUUCCUCUCGGAGGUCCUGCAGUGGAGGGCGCAGACCACCCCUGACCACGUGCUGUACACGCUGCUGAACUGCAGGGGAACGAUAGCAAACUCGCUGACUUGUGUCCAGCUGCAUAAACGGGCUGAGAAGAUAGCCGUGAUGCUGAUGGAGAGGGGACACCUGCAGGACGGGGACCACGUUGCUCUGGUCUACCCACCCGGAAUAGACCUCAUUGCUGCAUUUUAUGGCUGCCUGUACGCAGGGUGUGUGCCGAUAACCGUCCGUCCUCCACACCCGCAGAACAUCGCAACCACGCUGCCUACAGUGAAGAUGAUCGUGGAGGUGAGCCGCUCUGCCUGUUUGAUGACAACACAACUGAUCUGUAAAUUGUUGCGGUCCAGGGAGGCAGCUGCAGCCGUAGAUGUCAGGGCGUGGCCCCCCAUACUGGACACAGAUGAUUUGCCAAAGAAGCGGCCCGCCCAGAUCUACAAACCUUCCAACCCAGACACGCUAGCCUAUCUUGAUUUUAGUGUGUCCACAACUGGGAUGCUAGCUGGAGUGAAGAUGUCGCACGCAGCCACCAGUGCCUUCUGCCGUUCCAUUAAGCUGCAGUGUGAGCUCUACCCCUCUAGGGAAGUGGCCAUCUGCUUGGACCCUUACUGUGGACUCGGGUUUGUGCUCUGGUGCCUCUGCAGCGUGUACUCUGGGCACCAGUCCAUCCUCAUCCCGCCUGCAGAGCUGGAGACCAACCCUGCCUUGUGGCUUCUUGCCGUGAGUCAGUACAAGGUCCGGGAUACGUUUUGCUCCUAUUCAGUGAUGGAACUUUGUACCAAGGGGCUGGGCUCGCAGACAGAAUCCCUCAAGGCCCGAGGACUGGACUUGUCCCGCGUGCGGACCUGCGUGGUGGUGGCGGAAGAGCGGCCCCGGAUAGCACUCACCCAGUCCUUCUCAAAGCUGUUCAAGGACCUGGGCCUCCACCCACGGGCCGUUAGCACCUCGUUUGGCUGUCGGGUGAACCUGGCCAUUUGCUUGCAGGGGACCUCGGGGCCCGACCCGACCACCGUCUACGUGGACAUGCGCGCUCUGAGACACGACAGAGUCCGCUUAGUAGAAAGAGGAUCCCCUCAUAGUUUGCCGCUAAUGGAAUCGGGAAAAAUCCUGCCGGGUGUUCGGAUCAUAAUUGCCAACCCGGAAACGAAAGGGCCGUUGGGAGACUCGCACCUGGGUGAGAUCUGGGUUCACAGUGCCCACAACGCCAGUGGUUAUUUCACUAUUUAUGGAGAUGAAUCCCUCCAGUCAGAUCACUUCAACUCAAGAUUAAGUUUUGGAGACACACAGACAGUCUGGGCACGAACAGGCUAUUUGGGGUUCCUGCGGAGAACUGAACUCACUGAUGCAAAUGGAGAGCGCCACGACGCCCUCUAUGUGGUGGGGGCCCUGGAUGAGGCCAUGGAGCUGCGCGGCAUGAGGUACCACCCGAUAGACAUCGAGACCUCGGUCAUCAGAGCACACAAGAGCGUCACAGAAUGUGCUGUGUUCACCUGGACGAACCUGCUGGUGGUGGUGGUGGAGCUGGACGGGUCCGAGCAGGAAGCCCUGGACCUGGUGCCCCUGGUGACCAACGUGGUGCUGGAGGAGCACUACCUGGUGGUGGGGGUGGUGGUGGUGGUGGACAUCGGCGUCAUCCCCAUCAACUCCCGGGGGGAGAAGCAGCGCAUGCACCUGCGGGACGGCUUCCUGGCCGACCAGCUGGACCCCAUCUACGUGGCCUACAACAUGUAGACUCCCGAGACGCACGCAGGCUCCUGGACCGGAGCCUCAGCCUCGCGCUGGGAGCUCCUAGCGCCCUGGUGGGCACCGGGAUGAGACAUGGGACGUGAAGUUGGCGCAGAAGGACUUUGCGUUGCUGCCUUCAGUUUGUUGGAAAAGCCCAUUUCAAAACUUUUUUUCCUUUUUUUUUUAAUUAUUGGAUAAUAAGUGCUUUCUUCGUAAACGUGGUAUUUUGUUAAGCCAAAAUAGCAAUUAAAACAUUCUGCCCUCCCGAUGGGUUCUUUUAAGCAGUUUAUGUAGUGUGACAAAGAAUUGUUUUCUCUGUUUUAAUGGUCAUAAUAUCUUAAUGACAUGGACCUGCUACUAUUUAAGCCAUUGCUAGAGCUCAUCCUUCUAGGAAAGUCUGUUGAGGUACGAGUACACCUUCCAAUUAGCUUUUAGCAGCUUCCUGUCAGAAACGUGCUGAGGAAACAGGCUGAUACGCGGCCUGUGAAGUUAGCAUAGAGUGAGACGUUAUAAAUACGGUGAAUUUCGGCAGUUACCUUGCAGAUAUCUUUGUACUAAACUAAAAAGAUAAAAUAAGUUAACUUCAUAUGUAAUUAUGUACAAAACGUUUAAUUUAUUUUGAUCUCUUUAGAAGUAUAACAGAGAAAACAUUCAAGAAUAUUAAAGUCUUGUAAUGUUUGCUAAUAUAAAAAGUGUUGUAUUAUCUUGCGUGGAUAGCAUCCCAGCAGAUAUAUAUGAAAUAUAAAUUCACUAAGAACAAAGGAGAUUUUAAAGUUUAAAACGCAGAGCCUGUCACUUGCAUGGUGUCCCUCACUGCACUGUAGAUCCAGAGACUCGCCCCCCUGGCUGAUGGGAGCGCGAGAGCGGUCCUGCGGCCGGGGCCCAGCCUGUGCGCUCCUCGCAGAGCCAGAGCCCCGCCGGUGAAGGGGCCACCUCUCCCGGUGGGGACUGGCGCUGACUGUGCACCUUCCCUCCGCGCUGGCCUGGGAGGCGGGUGGCGAACAGCACGUUCUCGGCUGCAAGACUCCGUUGUACGAUGUUUCCGUCACUCCUGUUACUGUCGCCCUUCUGGUCCUCGGUAUGGAAAGGAAUGUCACCCUGCGCUGGUGUGUGUUGAUUCCCUCAGAUGGCCUCUGUGUGGAGUGGACAGUGUCCGCACGGCCAGGUCUCCGCAGCUCCCGAGCCAGUGUGACUGCCGGGGAGCCACUGGCAGGAGCCGGAGGGCCCCGCCGCCCCCUCACCUCCGCCGAGACACGCUCCUCUUGCUGCUGCCGCCGCCGCCUCACACGGCUGUCAGAGCCCCUCGCUCUGGAUGCAACUGGCAUCUGUGUCCCGCCGAGGAGAGGAAUCUGCAGUCCGAGCAAGCCUGACCCUCCGGCUGUCCCGGCGUGACGGCGGGCCGCAUGGUGGCAGUGGGCCGUGCGGUGGUCUCUGUCGGCCUUUGCUCUGUGUGCUGGCAGCGAGCCCUUUGUUGCGACGAGUUUUGUUUGACUUCUGAGACCCAAGGCUAGUUGUUGUUGGAAGUUUAAGUGACAUUUUUUUUUUAAUUUGUCUGCAUGUGGGGCGCACCCCUCCAUCUCCACAAAGCAUUUGAGUUUUAAGACGUUGUUGGGCUUCAUUGCUGUGUGUGAAUAUUUCUCCACAUGCUUCAGAUACACAUUCCUAAAGGCUCUGUUUCCCAAGAGGGUGCCCCGCCACACACAGACGAGACACGUUCACACGCCCACCGAGCGAGAGGGGAGGGUCGAGGUUUCGGAUCAGACACCGAUGAGGAAACACAGCCGCGGGGGACCCCGCAGUCCAGCGAGGUGGCGUGAGGGCCGUUGGUGACGUCCUGUCAUCCUGUCAGCGCUGAGGUCCAGAGGGCCUCAAGUUCUGGGGUUACUGGGAUUCGAGUUCUGUUGUGCGAGAAAAAGGGAAGGAGACGCUGAGUACCACCCGCUUCAGCAAUAAAGGAGGACCGUCUGUGUGGCAGUUGUGCCGUGGACCAGCCACUCGAGGGAGCGUCACCAGUGUUUGUCUUGUGACCUUGUGCUUCUGAUGUCAGACAGAGCCGUGCCGUCGGCCUGCACAGGAGAGGGUGGACAGUGAUCUUGGAAGCUCCGACCAGCCCGACAGGCGGUUUCCUCAUGGUGCUUGUUUACUGUAUCUAAUCCUGCUCGACACUUUACCGGAGGGGAACUCCCUUUACCAGGGGCAGGCUGGCAGCGUUGCUGCAUAGAGCGUGGUGCCUGGUCAGAGAGGUUCAUGCACUCAGCCAAUCGCAGUCUCAAACAGAACCCCCAUGUGCGAAGGACAGCAGCCUUCUCGUGUGUUAAACGCCAGUGAGCUUUGUGCAUCUGUGAUGACGCCUGUUUUAUAUUCAGAUGAACAAAUAAAAGCUUUUAUUUUUGUUGCUCUGAAAA